ACGACCUGUUGUGAUCCCGUCAUGGCGCGCUACGCCCGUGUCGCUACUCUGGUUGCGUGUCUCUUAUUCGCCUGCGCGGUCGCUGAUGGGCACCGUUGGCGGCGACAAGCGGAUGAUUCCAAGAAAGACGACAACCAGGAGCUAGAGCUAUGCAAGGACAAGGACGCUGGCGAAUGGUUCCGGCUGGUGGCCGGCGAGGGCGACAACUGUCGCGACGUCAUCCAGUGUACUGCCUCGGGCAUACAAGCUAUCCGUUGUCCAGCUGGUUUGUUCUUCGACAUUGAGAAGCAAACUUGUGACUGGAAAGAUGCCGUGAAGAACUGCAAAUUGAAGAAUAAAGAACGCAAAGUUAAGCCUCUCUUAUAUACUGACGAACCUCUUUGUCAAGAUGGCUUCUUGGCUUGCGGUGACUCCACUUGUAUCGAGCGUGGGUUGUUCUGCAAUGGCGAUAAAGAUUGUGCUGACGGAUCCGACGAGAAUUCUUGCGAUAUCGACAAUGAUCCUAACAGGGCUCCGCCGUGCGAUAGUACGCAAUGCGUAUUGCCUGACUGUUUCUGCUCUGAAGAUGGCACGCUAAUCCCCGGAGACCUACCAGCUAAAGAUGUACCUCAGAUGAUCACCAUAACUUUUGAUGACGCUAUUAACAACAACAACAUUGAAUUAUACAAAGAAAUUUUCAAUGGAAAACGUAAAAAUCCAAAUGGUUGUGACAUCAAGGCCACAUUCUUUGUUUCACACAAGUACACAAACUACUCAGGCGUGCAAGAAACCCACAAAAAGGGACAUGAAAUUGCGGUACACUCAAUCACGCACAAUGAUGAUGAACGCUUCUGGAGCAACGCCUCUAUUGAUGAUUGGGGUAAAGAGAUGGCUGGUAUGAGAGUCAUCAUCGAAAAAUUCGCAAAUAUUACUGAUAACAGCGUCGUAGGUGUCCGUGCACCUUAUCUACGUGUAGGAGGCAAUAACCAAUUUACGAUGAUGGAAGAACAAGCUUUCUUAUACGACAGUACUAUAACUGCUCCUCUGUCUAACCCUCCUCUAUGGCCUUAUACUAUGUACUUCCGCAUGCCUCAUCGUUGCCACGGUAAUCUGCAGAGCUGCCCAACAAGAAGUCACGCCGUCUGGGAGAUGGUAAUGAAUGAACUUGACCGCCGUGAAGAUCCUUCCAAUGACGAAUCCAUACCCGGAUGUGCUAUGGUUGACUCUUGCUCAAACAUUCUUACCGGUGAUCAGUUCUACAAUUUCCUGAACCACAACUUUGACCGGCACUAUGAUCAGAACAAGGCUCCCCUUGGUCUUUACUUCCACGCAGCCUGGUUGAAAAAUAAUCCUGAAUUCUUAGAAGCAUUCUUGUACUGGAUUGACGAAAUCCAACAAACUCACAAUGACGUAUAUUUCGUAACAAUGACCCAAGUAAUUCAAUGGAUUCAGAACCCGCGUACUGUUUCCGAAGUCAAAAACUUUGAACCAUGGAGGGAAAAGUGUUCCGUAGAAGCAAAUCCAGCCUGUUGGGUACCUCAUUCGUGUAAGCUAAUAUCCAAGGAGGUUCCCGGUGAAACAAUUAAUCUACAAACAUGUGUUAGGUGCCCAGUCAAUUACCCCUGGCUCAAUGACCCCACGGGUGACGGUCGUUACUAGAUGAGAUCUCGCACCUCAAGUGGUGCAAAUUAGUUAUAUCAAAUAGCAAUUAACGAUUGCGAGGACUGUAUAUUCGGGGUUCAAAUAAAAUGCCAACUUUAUUCAGUGGUGACACAUUCGAUGACGAAUGAGUCCGUGUAAUUAGAAAAUGUACUGGGUCAUAAUCCCGUCUGUAGUCUAAGUACCUACCUAAUUUUAUGUAAUAUAGACUCACAUGAUAUUAAUUAAUAGGUCUGUUUUAAUACUUUAUGUGAUUUUUCUACUUAAGUCUGUUGGAUAAAAUUAAAAAUAAAAAUUAAAAAAUA